AUGUCUUCGAAAGUGAUUGUUCUGCUGCUUAUUGUACUGUCUUUUAGGGGAGGAGACACUUUGCUCAGCGGAGUAGAGAACAGAAAACACAUUGCACGGCUAAAUGAUCAGGACCCGUUGGUUGGUGAAUGUAUCUCAUUGACAACAGAUGAUAAUCAUAGUCUACAGAAGAUAAUACGAGCGAUAGUCAAUGGAGAGUGGCAUCGUGUCCAAUUGGUGCUGCAGCUGGCGAGUGAGUCAUGUACCGCGGAAAUGCGACGCGGAGUCUAUGAGGCUUUGUGGAUAGAGUGGCAGCAGGAUAAGCACAUAUACAAUCCCCUUAAAAUACUUGAUUUUUAUAAGCAACUCGAGAAUGAGUCGAAUGUGCCGAAAACUUUAAUGGAAAAAAUCUAUCAGGCUUUCAUCGCUCGCUUCGCUCAAUUGCUAUCAGCGCCAUUCCACACCGACAGUCGCACUAGCGACUUCCCUCAGGUCACCAAACUCCUUUCACAACUGAAAGAAAGUCCACAAAAAUACACUCGCGACAUAUUUGAAACUCUGUUUGACGAUGUGCUUUCUUUGGAAUCCUCGCUGAGUGUGGCACAACGACUGGGCAAUUUCAACGCCAGCUUAGAGCAAUUGGCCAUGGCCAAUUUGCAAUUUUUAAAUCGUUCCGAGAUCUUGGUUAAUCCGAGUGCUCACGCUGUGUUGCUGGACAAUGUAUGCCAGUUGAUGAAGCAACCGAAUUUUCACCACGAAGUAGAGCGCUUUCUACUUCAUGAAGUGUACAAAUUGCUGCCGUCGAAAAUUUAUUUGCUCUUUAUCGCCCAGAAGGUGUGUUUGCGCAAGGCGGAUAACGACAAGGAAUAUAUUUAUGAGUGCUCAGGUUCUUCCAACAUGUGCACUAACCAACGAUACGAAGAACAGGCGUCUCUCACUGUGCAACAUCAAAUUAGUGACGUCGACAAUAAAACUCAGUUUGCCUUCUACAAUCGGUACUGGAAUAAUCAUUAUUUAGGAAUAGAAGACUCGAUAAGAGGGCAGCCAGGAGUGACCAAAAACGUGGGCGGCCGGGUCGAAAUCUACUGGUUGAAUGUGGUGCCGGUGGAAAAAGGCGUGGCAAUCUACGACGCUGCAACAUCCAGCUCCGUGAUCUGCGGCGGCGAUCCAGCGCAAUGGAAUCAAUAUUACCAUUAUGCAUACACUCGCCGUGCAGAGGAUUUUGAUGAGCAUCGCAAGGAUUGCACCUGGAUUAUCGAGGAUUGCAGCACAUUAAUAGAAUAUUAA